GGGGGAGGGCGGUUGCCUGGCAACCCGGGGCCGGCCACUUCCUCUGGCCCUCGCUUCCGGGAAGAAGGCUCUCCCCCGCCACCCCUCCCUCCCUCCCUCUCUCUCCAUUCUCCACUCCUCGGGAUGAAGGAGGAGUGCUGCCUCUGAGCGCGUCAAGAGCGCCACCGCCGGCCCAGCCAUGUCGGCCACGCUGGAGGGCGCCUUCCUGCCCAGCCCCGCCAGCCUCCAGGCCCCCCGCUGCGGAAGGAGAAGAGGAAGAAGCCCUUUCUUCGGAGUGGAUCCCGGGAGCCCCUCAGUCGAGUGUGGCCUGACGGAGAACGGAGGCCCCCGUCCUUGUGGAGGAAGAUCGCCCGGGGAGGAGGACAUUCCCGCGUGGCCCCUUUCUGCCCUGGAGCCCCGGAGCGAGGGCCCUGAAGACUCCCUUGCCGCCCUCCUCCUGGGCUUCGGGCGGCUCUCGGCUUCCGGCGGGGCUGAACGGAGCGCCCGCCCGCUCCCCCCGCUCCCCCCGGCUGAGGACGACCACAACGCGGAGGAGGAGGAGGAGGAGGCCGACCGAGAGGUGGAGUUCCUGACGAGUUCGGACACCCAGCGCCUCCUGGGGGGCGCCCCCCCGGCCCUCCUCCGGCCCACCUCGCAGGGGCAGCAGUGGCGUGGCUUCCGGGACUGUGGGCAGGUCAACCACGCCUAUUUUGAGGCUGCGAAGGAGGAGGAGGAGGAAGCGAAGGCGGCGCCCCCUCCGCCCCCGCUGCACCGGAGGCUACGGCGCUCGCACUCGGGCCCCGCCGGCUCCUUCCACAAGCCGACCGUCGCCAUCCGGGCCUCGGGCCCCUUCCGCCGGGCCUCCCCCGCUUCCGACGAUGACGAGGGGGAUUCCAGGCCGGUGGUGCCCCCGCGGGUCCCCAUCCCGGCCCGGGUGCUGAAGCCGGACCGGCGCCGCUGGUCGGCCGAGGUGGCCUCGGGGGCCUACAGCGACGAGGACCGGCCCCCCAAGGUGCCUCCCCGGGAGCCCCUGUUGCCGCCCCCCUCGGCGCUGCCGCGCCCCCUGCGGACCCCCAGCCCCAAGAGCCUUCCCUGCUACCUGCACGGGGUCAUGCCCCCCACGCAGAGCUUUGCCCCGGACCCCAAGUACGUCAGCAGCAAGGCCCUCCUCCUGCAGCGGCAGCGGAGCGAGGGGGCCUCUCCGCGGGGGGGCGCGCCCUGCAUCCUGCCCAUCAUGGAGAACGGGCGCAAGGCCAGCUCCACCCACUACUACCUGCUGCCCGAGAGGCCCCCCUACCUGGACAGGUACGAACGCUUCUUCCAAGACGGCCGGGCUGCGGAGGAAUCCGAGGCCAUCGCCGCAGGAAGAGGGGGGCCCUCGGAAGCCGGCUUUGGGGACCCCGCCAAGCGCAGGCACUUUCCUUGCGUGGUUGCCCCCUGAGGACGACACGGGGAGGCGGCCGGGUGAGGGUUCAAGGGCCUCCCCGCACA